UCCGACGAGACAUACUCUUCGAACGAUGUGCAAGCCGCCACUGCGCGACGACGUGGAGUGGGCAUCCGAGCCCGAGAAGAUGCUGCAGCCCGGCAGCAGCCCGCCCGCGUGCAACACUCAACCGCGCUGUGAUCGACGCCUCUGCCGCGGCCUCACUGCAGCUGUCACCGCCGCCGUGCUCAUGGCCGGCUACCUCGUGCUCGGCAAGCUCUUCCUGGGCAGCGGCUCGGGCGCCGGGCCGACGGCUUUUCUCGUCUGCCGGCAGGUGCUUGCGAGCGGCCUCCUCGUCGCGGGCGCUCUCGCACUGCACGGGCCGCAGCUGCCGCGGCGAGCGGACAUGCCGUCGGUACAGCGGCUCGGCCUCUACAACUUUAUCAACGCGCUCGGCUUCCUGUGGGGCGUGCAGUUGACGACGCCCUUCGUCACGUCUGUGGCUCAGCUCGCCAUCCCAGUGCUCGUCCUCGCCCACGCUGCGUGCUGCGGGAGGCAGCGGGUCACCUUGUUCAAGGCGGCCGGUGUCCUCGUGCUCGUCGCCGGGUGUGCGCUCGUCGCCGCCGGCGCUCACAGUGCCGCCGCAGCGCCAUCCGCCGUCGGCCGGCCUCGAGGGCACCACGGCUCCGCGCGGCUGCUGCUGGGUCUGGCCGUCCUCGCGGUGCAGUGCUCCUCCUUUGUCGGCCUGCUGCUAGAGCAGGAGCGACUCGUCCGCAGCUACCCCGUCAGCUGGGUCCUCGCCUGGGCCUACGCCUCCUGCACGCUCCUCUCCUGCGCCGCCGCCGCCGCCGACGGCUCGCUCGGCGCUGUCGGCGCGGCACUCGCCUCCCCUCGCGACGCGGCCAUCGUCGCGUACUCGGCCACGUGCGGCUGCGUCGCCUACUUCGUGCUGAUCGCUUACGCGUCGAAGCACCUGCCCGCCGAGCUCGUCUCGGUCACCGUCGCCGUCGAGCCCCUCGCCGUCUCCGCGCUCGGCAUGCUGCUGCUCGGCGCAGAGCCGUGCGCCGCCGAGGGGGCGGGCUUCGCGCUCGCCUUUGGCGGGACGGCGCUACUCUCGCGCGCGGUGCAGUCCGAGUCGGAGGGCAGGGAGAGAGGCGGGCAGGCCGGGCCACCAGGGGGCGCCUCGGACCAGGAGGCGUCAUUCCGAGACCCACUCAUCCGAGCCUAGUCGCUAUAGUGCGGGCGCCGCGCCCGGCCCUGAGCUGUGUGUAAGAUCUCGAGCGUCUAUAUAUGUGGAAUGUGCGUGAUGGCUCCGCCUCUACGCGGUCCGUGCGCCCCUCAUUACGUACAUCGUGUUCGUUGCGUGUGAACGGCUGGCUGUGUGUGUUUUACGUCGUUGCGCGGUCUC